AUGAAGCAUCAAGGAGGAUGGGAUGUCGGGAUGCGUGUGCCGACAUUGAGAGGCGAUUUGCCGUCAAAUGACAAGAACUGCUAUGCCUUUAUGUAUGCAUGCGCUGUUGGAAAGAGCAUGUUGGACUCUUCGAUCUUUGCAAAGGUUUUUUGCUACAACCUGGAGUGCCAGCCAGGAAAUCUCAGAGGAUUUCAGGAUUCCUUGGACACUCAAUAUGAGUGUGUAACCUUUGGAGACCUUCGUCCACAGCCCAUCACCUUGGUUGGUCACACUCGGGGUUUGGUCCUUGAGACUCGGCGCACGGUCGUUCCACACAGUUUCAAGUACCGACGUCAACAGAUUGCGGCCAUGCGGAGAGCCAGGCUUGUUGCGUAUCAUUUACAUGUAUUGGCACAUGAGCAGAUUUUUGACUUUCAAGAGGAUGUCUCCUCUGAGUCCAGUGAUUUGGAUCCCAAAUCGUCAGAGAGUGAGCAAUUUUUUGAUUGCCAAGAGGAAGGCUCCACUGGUAUAGACGUCCAGCCUACGGACUCCUAUGAUUCCUAUCUCGAGGUCAGAGGUAUGGCAACAGAAAUCAUUCGAGUUUUUCACCAACAAGCAGAGCAUUUCGAAAGUCUUCGAGCACAGCUCCACUUGUUGGCUUGUGACAACCUGUCUGAAAUCAAAGAUGUGCUUUCCCAGACUGCCUCAGGUAGCUCUGGUGAUAGGAUGGCGAAGUGGGAACCGCUUGAUCCGAAUCAAGGAUGUGAGGACAUGCGAGUGGUCCUAAAUUUGCCAGACAAGGUCGUCGAGAUCAUCGAAGCAGCCGUGAGGGCGUGGAAGGACGAACACAGAGAAUUUCCUUCUCAGCAGCUCACCAAAGUGCUGCAGAUGUUGGGAUGCUAUUUUACAAAGCACAAUUUCGAUCAAUUCAAGCUUGAAGAGAGCGUCAAAGAGGACCUGCAGUACUAUUUUCGUAUUCCUGGAUUGUCGGACUUAAGUCCGGCUGAUGUGAAAGAGCUGCCAGAAAUACUGGAGAGUGAAUGUCAACAAAAAUUGGGUAUCAGCACAGUGGAAUUGAACGAACUUCGUCUUCGUAUAUAUCUUGCGAAAGGCAGCUGCUGGAUCGGCCUUGUUUCACCUGUGAAGCUGGAUGCAGAUGCACUGAAGCAGUGCUUGGAAGCCUUUGUCAAUCAACGGCGUUCUGCUGGCAUCACCUGGGCCUUUGCCGAGAGUCCUCAAGAAGUUCUACCACUGGAUGUGUUGGGCUUCCAGAAGUGUGUGCGCUUGGUGGAAGGGAUGAGAAGCAAGCUAGACAUUCCGACAUUUGUUCUUCUGAGAGGCUCCUUCUUUCGGGACAUUGCAAAACAAAUUCUGCAGAAGCAGGCUAAGAAUGUGUUAGAAGAUUGGCAAUUGAGAUUGGUGAACAACUGCCGAGAUCUGAAAGAUGAUGAAUGGUACAACACUCAAGAAGAUGCCGACCUUUGUUUCGUGACCAGUCUCCACUGGCCUACUCUGAACUGGAGGGCUCCACAGCUAUUGAAUCUCUUAAAGAAGUUUGCCAAGUUUACCAGGCACGAGCAGGACAGGCAAGUCCUACAAGUGGCAGCAUUCUUGAUCCAUACUAUUCAAGAAUCUCCUGAUGAUGUGCAGUCGAUGUGCAGCGCCAAGAAGGUGCUCCAGGAGUGCUUGCGACAAGAGUCCCCACAGCCAGAGAAGCUUUUGAAGGGCCUACUGCAGAAGGUUUUAUCUGAUGGCUUGCAGGGUGAUCGGCACGACAAAGUGAGCCCAACAAGCUCAGUGUUUAAAGAUCAAGAAGAGCUGAGGAUGUUCCUCCAACAGGUUUUAUCUGAUGGCUUGCAGGGUGAUCGGCACGACAAAGUGAGCCCUACAAGCUCAGUGUUUAAAGAGAAGUUCGGCACGGAAGCCCGAGGAGGAAUUAUCUGUGAGGAAGAAGGACAUAAGGAAGAAGAGGAUGAGGGGGCAGCCAGUUCUGCACCUGUGGAACAAUCACCUCCAGAAAGUCGUGCAAGAGUGACAUUUGCAAGUCUACGUGAGAAGUAUUUGGAACACUCAGGCUUAUUUGUUGUUGCUAUGUCGUUCAUAUCGUUGUUCAUGACCACUUAUAGACACAGACGUCGGCUUGAACAAUCUUUGGAAGAUUUAGACCGUCUAGACAAUCCUGCAGAUCGACGAAGUACUGACAUGGAUGUUUUUGCUGCAGCAAUGGUUUUUGCUGUGUUAUGCGCUUAUUUGAUGAACAAGCAGAGUGACUCAAGCAGGGAACCGUCAACACUUUGGGAAAGACUCAAGAAGAGCUGA